CGUCCAUGGAAAUAUUCCUGUGUCACAUGGCCGGGGAAAUGGAGAUUUGCCCAUAAAACCCGAAUCUGUCCAAGCCUGGGGAAACACCAGGCGGUGUCGGCCCUUUCCCCACACCCAGCAGGCAGAUAAUGGUAUUUACUGACCAUACAAAGGCCCGGCUAGCCCGGCUCCGUGCACCGGCUGCAGCUCUGUCUGUCUUCUGCCGCCUUCAAAAGCACAGAGCACAGUGAGCACCGCUAGUGGACUCACCAACCAUUUAAAGGGACGCUGUCUUAUUGAGAUGGAUGCGGGAAUUUUGUGCACUACUUGUCUGACUGAUCUGUGUGAGGCUGGGUCCCGGGCUGUGCGCGCAGUGACAGCUUCCAGGUAGGCCUGGGGGUCAAAGGGAACCUCCAUUUCUUCCCCAGCCCUUUGUGUCCAAACGGGGCAGACGGCUUCGCCCCCAAGCUUUUAGUCAACUCAGCAUCUUCCCUUGAUGGUAGCGUUACUGCAGGUUCCCUCCAGCGGGUGACUGGACCCUGGGCUGUACGACCUGCGCAGGCAGAUUGCUGAUUCGAGCUGGGCGACGUUUUUCACGUGACAGGUUUUUCCAAGGACAGAAAAAUCCAGAUUCGGUGACAUGGAAAUGCUUUCUGAACUUGGGUCAGAAAAAGAAAAAAUGCCCCUAAAGUCUAUUUUUCUUUUUUUUCCAGUCCAAAUUUUCUUUAACUUUAUUUUUUUUAAAAAAUCUUUAAUGGUUCAAAUUGAAACGGAACAUGUAGCUCGGCCCCAAACUGAUUUAUCAGAAUUUCCAGAAAAUCUCUUCCUUGCCCAGCUCUAUUUCUGAGGGCUGGGGCCUCUGUAAUGCAGCCACCAAAGGCAGAGCGAGAUGCAAUGGCCAGGAGCUGAUGGGAGACACAGUCAGACUGGAAAUAAUGGGCAGAUUUCUACAGAGAGGGGAAUUAGCCACAGGCCAGACGGGGGGAUUCUGCACCACUGGCAGUCUGUAAAUUGCAGUGGGGCGUCUCCCCCUGACAGCUCCGCUCUAGCUCAGCCCGAUCCAGAGAGAGGGGCAUGUCCGCGCGGCUGGGGCUGGGGUCUGCGCUGCCGGGGCUGGGGUCUGCAGGCUGGCCGGCUCCUGGCUGGGCCGGGGCCCCUGGCUCUGGGUCAGUCACAGCCCAUGGCAGCCCCCCUUUCUUGUUCCCGCACGGCAGCCCCGGAGCAGCGAGUCCCCGGAUGGGUGAUGGCUGUCGUGACGCUGGGGCUUGUGACCCUCCUGUGCGCGGUGCUGAUCCAUUGGGGGCUGCCGCUCAUCUCCGCCGAAGGGUUUCACAUUGGAUGUCGAAGAGGAAAUGGCCGAGCGCUAGGUCUGCACGCCCCUGCCCGCCCCAGCCUCCCAGCCGGCGGGGAGCGACGGGCUCAGACUGUAAUGAGGAAGAACGGAGGUUUCUGGGUGGAGCGAUGUGACGAAGUGGGAGAUUUUCUUGGUUUUUUUCACUGGUUUGCAUGCAGAGGACUCAGUUUCCCUGGGUGUUACGGGUUUAAUGAGGGGAGGGGAGAGGGAGUUUGUGGUCACAGAGGACCCGCGAGAGAGCUUGGGACCCCAGCCAAUGGUGCAGACAAUGGAGACCCCAGCGACUGGCAACCUGGUGACCCAGAGGCCCAGCCGGGUCAGGCCAGUGGAGGGACAGUGGGCUGCGAAGAGAGGACCCCGGUGACCUGCCCAGCCGGUUCCAGCUGGGAAGCAGGGGGUGCUCGGGGCUGGAGGGAAGGAGCAGCAUGCAGGAAAGGCUUAGAUGUGCUGGGCUGAGGGGGGCCAGGCCUGAGGCCUGGAGAAUUCCCUGGGCUGGGUUCAGACACUCAAUAAACUCUCCUGUGUUACGCUGGCUGAGAGUCGCUCCGGUCUAGAGAACAGGGGGCAUUAUUCCCUCUGGGAGUGGAGGCCCUGGGGGUCCAGAGCGAGGGGACUCCCUGAGGGGCCCCACGGCAAGAGACAGGUGUGCUAAGACUCAGAGAGGUGCGGCUCCAGGAGGUGGAGGGGCUGGACCCCCGAGAAGGGCUGUCGCUCUGAAGGGGGUUCCCCCCACAGACCGCACGGCCGAGAGUGGGCAUGAUCUGUGAGUCCGUGACAGGCGGGAUGGGAGCUCGCACCACGCGGAGCAGAAACUCUGGGCUGGCUGCAGAGAUACCUGCAAAGUAACCUGUGCUCCUGCCGGGUGGCAAUGCAGCUGGUGAGGGGGCAGCGAGGGGUGAAACCCCUGCACCCACCAAGAGCUGGCUGCAUGGAGCCCUGGGAUGGGCAGGCGAUAGCCUUGGGUACCCUGAGCAAACCCUGGGGAAGGACUGAACGAGCUGAACCCCUUUGGGGCACGGAUUAUUACAAGUGCGGUUGUGUCUGUGUCCCUGGGGAACUGUACUGCCCUUCUCCGCUAGGGCCGGGGGAUGCUAAUGAACGUCUCAGUUCUCAGCCUUUGCAGCUCCCGGGGCAGAUAUGCAUCUCCUGGUCCCAGCUGGCUCCUCCAGAGACCCGCAGACAGAGAAAGGACCUGGGGAGUAAGCUCCCGAGUUUAGGCCUUUCCUCCGGAUCCUGCAGACAGCCGGUUCACCUGACCCCUGAGGGGUGAUACAGGAGCAGCUGCCUGGAUCUGGGGCAGCCGGGUCAUGCCAGCCAG